AUGGCAGCUACCAACAGAAGUGAUCUCCCAGCCAGGCGGCAGCGGACAUGUGCCUGCAGUUUGAGAUUGUCUUUAUCAACUUUUGUCUGCUUGUUCUACGGUGUGUUCGCCUCAGAAACUGUGAGAUCAUGCGAACCGAUCAGAUCAACCAUGUGUAGAGGUCUGGGUUACAACGUUACAGGAAUGCCCAACCUGGUAGGGCAUCCCGACCAAGAGGACGCCAUCCUACAACUGCAGACAUUCACUCCUCUGAUCCAGUACAACUGUUCCAGCCGCCUCAAGUUCUUUCUAUGUUCCGUUUACCUCCCCAUGUGUACAGAGAAAGUUUUGGUGUCUAUUGGACCUUGCAGGCCGUUGUGCGAAAGCGUCAGAGACCGAUGUAAACCGGUGUUACACGAGUUUGGCUACCCCUGGCCUGGGGCCUUGAACUGUUCCAAGUUUCCCACGGAAAACAAUCAUGAACAUAUGUGUAUGGAGGGCCCCGAUGGCGAGCAGGACAAGCAUACGGUACCACCAGUUCGGCGUCCAGGUCGUACAGAACAAACAACGGCCUCAACGCAAACGUUUGUUCCCGGAAUCCAUCUGCCACCGAUCCCUGAAAUUAAGUACCCUGACUUGCCGAAACAGUUAUCCAAACCGUGUAUGCAUUUGGGCUACCGGAACUUCAUGAAGUACACAUACAUCAACAGAACCGAGCGUUGUGCCUUGCUGUGCGACCAGAAUGAUAUUUUCACGGAGGACAAUAAGUAUUUUGCUAACGUCUGGAUGGCGGUUUGGGCUGGGCUAUGUUUCGUGUCCACCAUGUUUACAGUUUUAACUUUUAUUAUAGAUUCACAGCGAUUUCGCUAUCCCCAGCGACCCAUCGUUCUCUUGGCCAUGUGCUGCAAUAUUUACAGCAUUGCCUACAUUGUACGGCUAAUCGCUGGGCGAGAUGAUAUCGCCUGUGAUACGGAAAGCCAAAGCGGUCAAAACAUUCUCAUCCAAGAAGGUUUGGAAAAUACAGACUGUGCUAUUGUAUUCCUAUUACUGUACUUCUUCGGAAGUGCGAGCUCCCUUUGGUGGGUCAUACUGACUUUCACUUGGUUUUUAGCCGCUGGACUCAAGUGGAGCCACGAGGCAAUCCAAAUUCAUAGUAGUUAUUAUCAUUUAGCUGCCUGGGCCAUCCCGGCAAUUCAAACCAUAGUUAUUCUAGUGAUGAGGGAUGUAGACGCAGACGAACUCACUGGUAUAUGCUAUGUUGGCAAUCAGGACACAUCCACGCUCAUGGGCUUUGUUAUCGCCCCUCAACUAAUCUACCUCACUCUGGGAGCGUCGUUCCUUAUCGCAGGAUUCGUUUCCCGAUCCGUGAAGAAAUCCACCAGAUCUUCUGAUAGAGCCCCGAGCAGUAGCAGCAGCAGCAGUAUCGGAGCCACCUGCAGGGAAGACAAAAUCGAGGCUCUGAUGAUUAGGAUUGGCAUAUUCUCAGUGCUCUACACGGUGCCCGCAACCUGUGUCCUCGGCUGUUUGCUGUAUGAGUACGUCUCCAGGGACAGCUGGUACUCGGACAAAUCCCGAGCUGGGCCCAACACCGAGAUAUUCAUGCUGAAGCUCUUCAUGUCCCUUGUUGUGGGCAUCACCAGCGGAAUCUGGGUCUGGUCCACCAAGACGUUGGUCUCUUGGAGAACCCAGUAUCAAAAAGUGUUUGGGCCCAAGAGGGAAAGAAAAAGUAUAGAGUACAGUGUGCCGGUCCGUCAUUAUCGACAGGCGCCGAUUAAAACUAGUAUUCCUUCAUCGUCGAGAUCGAUACGAAACGAUAAGUCAAAACACAGAAAGAUGAACAGUGAAACGAUUGUGUAA